GAGACUCAAAUCUCCUCUCCUGCAAGCUGCGCAUUACAUACCCGAGUCCACACAGAUAGAUUUUUAGAGGCAGACCUCAAUGCGGACGGAACGACAUGCACUAUCUGAUAUUUCAAUCCGUUCGAUACAACAUGAGAUCAACAGUCUAAAGUUUCAUCUUUUCAUCGUUUGUGUUGAUAUAUCCCCAGAUAAACAGUCAUCAUGCCGGAGCAGAGCAACGAUUAUCGCGUGGUGGUGUUCGGCGCCGGAGGUGUGGGGAAGAGCUCCCUGGUUCUCCGCUUCGUCAAGGGGACCUUCCGCGACAGCUACAUCCCCACCGUGGAGGACACAUACAGACAGGUGAUUAGCUGCGACAAGAGCAUCUGCACACUUCAGAUCACAGACACCACAGGCAGCCACCAGUUCCCCGCCAUGCAGCGUCUGUCCAUCUCCAAGGGCCACGCCUUCAUCCUGGUCUACUCUGUCACCAGCCGUCAGUCUCUGGAGGAGCUCAAGCCCAUCUAUGAGCAGGUGUGUCAGAUCAAGGGCGAAGUGGAGACGUGUCCCAUCAUGCUGGUGGGCAACAAGUGCGACGAGACGUCGGCGCGCGAGGUGGAGACCACGGAUGGCGACGCCACGUCCAAGAAGUGGAAGUGUGCCUUCAUGGAGACGUCGGCCAAGACCAACCACAACGUCAAGGAGCUCUUCCAGGAGCUGCUCAACCUGGAGAAACGCAGGACUGUCAGCCUCCAGAUCGACGGCAAAUCGAAGCAGCAGAAACGCGCCGAGAAGCUCAAGGGCAAGUGUGUGGUCAUGUGACGUGGACUUAAGGAGAAGGAGUUGGUGGAAGUGCAGGAGGCCCGAAAAAUCUCAAAGGGACGAAGGGCAAGGAGCGAGGGAGAAACAAGGUUUGGGGGG